UUAAUUGCGAAUUAGUGCGAUUCUAACAUGUUCUGUCUGGGCUUUCUGCGCUGUCAGACGACCCAACGUCGGCGGGCUAUCAGUCUGCUGUAUUCGGCUGCAAAAAUAAGUUGGGGAAGCAAAGGUCAAGUUAUCAUCGGCCGUGGCGACUUCGUGGGCACCGGCGCUGCGAUAGCAGAGAAGCGUCCGCUUUGUAUUGUCCGCCUAAACAGAAAGGACUUGAUGCCAUCGCGUGUAUGCUCGGCAGGUGUUAUUCCCAGUGAGCGCUCGGCGACAAACUCGGAAUUCGGCACCCAUUAUCAAACUGGGAUAUGAAAGAACGGGAACAUGCGGGAUCAGAGGCUGAUGCCAACGCAGAACCAUGGCUUAAAGACGGUGGCGACAAUGACGGCGUCGCAACUUCACCUGCGACGCCUACCGCGGCCGCCGUUCGAGAACACCGAAGAAGGCCACUGAAGUAUGCCACAAUCUUCACAUUUCUGUUGGUAGGAGCAGCGCUGGUCGCGUUGAUGCUGUGGCCGACAACGCACGAUGGUCCGAUUCAAGCCUCGUUGCACAAGCGGCAGCCUCACAUCGUGUUUAUACUUGCCGAUGAUUUGGGUUGGGCCGACGUCAGCUACAAUGGGAACCCACAGAUACGCACUCCAAAUAUUGAUGCUCUGGCUUGGAACGGAGUCCGGCUCACAAGACUCUAUCACCAGCAUUUGUGCACACCUUCAAGAGCAGCGAUCAUGACUGGGCUCUAUCCCAUACACACAGGCAUGCAGCACUUCGUUAUCAAGAUGUCCGAGCCCAGGGGACUGCCACUCAACCUGAAGCUCCUUCCGGAAUGGCUCAAUGACCUCGGAUACACUUCUUACAUGCUUGGAAAGUGGCACCUUGGUUACCACAAGUCAGCGUAUACACCGACGAACCGGGGCUUCCUGAGUCAUGUGGGUAGCUGGGGCGGAGCCUGCGAAUACACAACCCACCAGAGAGCAGCGAUUGGUUCCAACGACUACGGCCUAGACUUCAGACGAAACUUAACGCUGGCUCCUGAGGACAGUGGACGAUACUACACUGAUCUCAUCACGGAAGAGGCGAUAUCCCUCAUUAAGAAUCACCCCGUUGAUGAGCCUAUGUUCCUGUACGUUGCCCACCUGGCUCCACACUACGGCACCGUCCGAAUGCCAGUAGAGGCUCCCACUGCCUAUCUUGAAGGCUACGAUUUCAUUACACAAAUGAACCGCACCAUUUACGCAGGUAUGGUCGCUGCCCUCGACACGUCUGUCGGGAAAAUUUUCGAUGCACUGAAUGAGAGAGACAUGCUGAACGACACGCUUCUGUCGUUCAGCUCAGACAACGGUGCUGCAUCCACAUUCUGGGGCACGGGCGCCUCGUCGUCGUAUCCUCUGCGAGGCGAAAAGUCUACUCUCUGGGAAGGCGGCGUACGAGUACCGGGGUUUUUGUGGACUGCGAGGCCACUGUGGCGUGGACCCGGGUCUCAGUACGACCGCCUCUUUCACGCCACAGACUGGUUGCCGACUCUCUACGAGAUGGCAGGUGGAAACGUGUCCAGUCUUGCUGGAAUUGAUGGUAUCAGCCACCUGCGAUCCUUACUUGACCCUUUCGCUGAAACACCAAGACGCGAGAUACUCUUGAACGUUGACCCCAAAGAGGGAAACGAGGCCAUAAUCCAAGAUUCAUAUAAGCUUGUCUUCGGAGCGUUUCCUGAUGGUACGUCGCAGUGGCUGGAGAUUCCCGGCAAGAGGCUACCGGCAACAAAGGAAGCCGAGCUGGCACGUCAGAGCUGCAUUAGUUGCACUACUUAUCGGCUGCUUGCCAUGCGUGGUACGAGCCCGAGCUGUGGCGAAGGAGGCAGCGUCUACUCAACGCCUGUGAAAUGCGGAAAGCGAAACUCAAGCAAAGCUCUAUGCGACUCGACGCUGGCACCCUGCCUCUACGACAUUAACGCUGACCCGUGCGAGUACAACGACAUCGCCAACGAAAACCCAGAGAUUGUGCGGCAACUGCGGACUAGGAUUUCGGCCUACAAGAAGAGUGCAUUAAAUCCCACCAACCUGGACCAAGAUCCCUCUUCAUUCCCCCAUAACCACGGUGGGGCAUGGGUCAGCUGGAAGGACAAGGUGCCGAUAUGAACAACACGUGUUCUAGUGACUCCAAUUCUACAAUUUAGAAAAUAAACAAUGGAAAUAGGCCUAGUAUAGCAGUGCCUACAAGGUGUUUAUAGAAUACUGGUUGCUUCGACACGGGACACUAGCACAAGCUGAAAGAAAAUAUUUAAACAAACGUUGCGUAUUAGCAAGCCAAAUGCGCUAUUGAAAACGAAAACGCUGCGUGCGCCACGAGAACAUUAUCACAGCUUCAUUUCGUAAGAAUCAAGAGUCAUGCGAUUUCACAUAAGGGCCACGUGUCACGAUGACUAGCUGCAAGCUCAGAGUGCACAAUCCUUAAAAGAAAUCUGUUAAUACAGGCAAACAAUAAACUCGCUUGAUAAAGUAACCAUUGACAUGAUAGGCAUUGUUCGUGCUGCGCCAGGCAAAGGCGGAAGAUGGGCCCUUCAAAUA